GGCCGCGUGUUGACUAUUGGCGGACACGGGCUCCGAGCUCCAACUGAGCGUGCGCGCACACGCGGCCCCUGCAACCCUGUAGGCUGCGGUGCCGGAGUUGGUUUCGAAGCGGAAGUGUAUCUUGGGGCUAGUUCUUGUAACGGUCUCCUCUGCAGCGAGCAGAAAAUCUGUUGUCGAGAGAGAGAAAGAGAGCACAGUGACCUGCACAAAGGGUUCAAAGCACCCUUCAGGCCCCUCCUUAGGUGUGCCCCUUCUCUCCCCUUGCCCAAGCCCCGAGGUAGGGGCGUCAGUGUUCCAGUUGAAGUGACUCUACACCCGAAGGCUUCCUUCUGGCUCCUGGGCAAGACGGCCCCAGUGAGCUCAGGCCGUCACACAUCUAUCUGCCUUUUCCCAAGAAGAGCAGGAAAUGGCUGAAGCCCAGGGACUCGUGACAUUUGAAGAUGUGGCUGUGGAUUUCACUCAGGAGGAGAGGCAGUACCUGAACCCUCUACAGAGGACCCUGUACAGGGACGUGAUGCUGGAGACCUACAGCAACCUGGUCUCUGUGGCAGGGCAUCAGGCUACCAAGCCAGAACUCAUCCUCAAAUUGGAGGUAGAGGAGCCAUACCUGGCAGAAGGGAAAAUCCCAGUUUGGAGCUUUCCAGAAGCCUGCCAAGUUGAUGAACAGAUUGAGAGACAGCACCAGGAUGACAAAGAUAAAUGUUUGUUGAUGCAAGUUGGAUUCCCUGACAAGAAAACAAUUACCACCAAUGGUAACGAUGACUAUAAUGAAUUUGGAAACACACUUUAUCUGAGUACAAACCUUGCUGCUUCAAUACAAAGACCCCAUAAACACGAACCAUUUGGAAAUAAUAUGGUAGACAAUUUAGACUUGUUUAGUAGAAGCUCUUCAGUAAAGAAACAUGAUAAUGGAUGUACAAAAUUAUUAUUCCAUACCGAAUAUGAGAAAACAACUCCUGGAGUGAAAACCUAUGGCUAUAAAGAGUGUGGGAAGACCCUCAGGCGAAAGAAAGGUCUUAGUCUACAUCAGAGAAUUAAAAAUGGAGAGAAACCCUUUGAGUGUACUGCAUGUAGGAAAACCUUCAGCAAGAAGUCACACCUCAUUGUACAUUGGAGAACUCAUACAGGAGAGAAACCCUUUGGAUGUACUGAAUGUGGAAAAGCCUUUAGCCAAAAAUCUCAACUCAUUAUACACCUGAGAACUCAUACAGGAGAGCGACCCUUUGAAUGUCCAGAAUGUGGAAAAGCCUUCAGAGAAAAGUCAACUGUCAUCAUACAUUACAGGACUCAUACAGGAGAGAAACCUUAUGAAUGUAAUGAAUGUGGAAAAGCCUUCACUCAGAAGUCAAACCUCAUUGUCCAUCAGAAAACCCACACAGGAGAGAAAACUUAUGAAUGCACUAAAUGUGGGGAAUCUUUCAUACAAAAGCUGGACCUAAUUAUACAUCAUAGUACCCAUACAGGAAAGAAACCCCAUGAAUGUAGUGAGUGUAAGAAAACUUUCAGUGAUAAGUCAACUCUCAUUAUACAUCAGAGAACUCAUACAGGAGAGAAACCUCAUAAAUGUACUGAAUGUGGGAAGUCUUUCAAUGAGAAGUCAACUCUCAUUGUGCAUCAGAGAACUCAUACAGGAGAGAAACCUUAUGAAUGUGAUGUGUGUGGGAAAACUUUCACCCAAAAGUCAAAUCUUGGUGUACAUCAGAGAACUCAUUCUGGAGAGAAACCAUUUGAAUGUAAUGAAUGUGAGAAAGCGUUUUCUCAGAAAUCCUAUCUCAUGCUACACCAGAGAGGUCAUACAGGAGAGAAGCCCUAUGAAUGCAAUGAGUGUGAAAAAGCAUUUUCCCAGAAAUCAUAUCUCAUUAUACAUCAAAGAACUCAUACAGAAGAAAAACCCUAUAAGUGUAAUGAAUGUGGCAAAGCCUUCAGAGAAAAGUCAAAGCUCAUCAUACAUCAGAGAAUUCACACAGGAGAGAAACCCUAUGAAUGUCCUGUAUGUUGGAAAGCUUUUAGCCAGAAGUCGCAGCUCAUAAUACAUCAGCGAACACACACAGGAGAGAAACCCUAUGCAUGCACUGAGUGUGGCAAAGCCUUUAGAGAAAAAUCAACAUUUACUGUACACCAAAGAACCCAUACUGGAGAGAAACCCUACAAGUGUACAGAAUGUGGGAAAGCUUUUACCCAAAAAUCAAACCUUAUUGUACAUCAGAGAACACAUACAGGAAAGAAAGCCCAUGGGAAAGGCCACACUCGGAAGUCAAAGCUCAUUGCACAUUAG